AUGGCCUCAGAUAUUAUGGAGGUGGCUGCUCUGGGUCGACCUUUCACUUUAGGGAUGCUUUACGAUGCCCGGAGAGACAGACUUAUCCCAGGUGUGAAGCUGUGGGAUGACAGCAGUCAAGAAGAAAGAACAGAAGAGCAGGACCAGCCUAGUACUUACUUGAAUGUCAUUAAAUCUGAUUCUUUUAAAUCCAAGUCCUCUCUGCUGGAUGUUGAUUCUUCCAUGAAGCUCAGUGUCCUGUCUGGAAUGGUUAAAGUUGGAGGAUCAGCCAGGUACCUGCUUAAUAAGAAGAAGUUUCAACAUCAGAGUCGAGUCACACUUCACUACAAAGCUACCACCAAAUUCAAACAGCUGACACUGAAUCCUCAGAAAAUCAAGAACAUUAAACUAACAGAUAAUUUGAGGAGUUUGGCAACACAUGUAGUCACAGGAAUCCUUUAUGGAACAAAUGCUUUCGUUGUGUUUGACAGUGAGAAGUUGGAUGCUAGCAGCAUUCAGGACACCCAGGCUAGUAUGGAAACUGUGAUAAACAAGAUCCCCUCAUUUAAUGUUAAUGGGAAAGUUGACAUCAAGCUGAGUAAUAAAGAAAAAGCUGUGACUGAUAAAUUCACCUGCCAAUUCUAUGGAGACUUCAUUCUUGAAAGCAACCCUGUAACAUUUGAAGAUGCAGUGAAGACAGUCAACCAACUUCCAAAACUACUGGGAGAAAACAAAGAAAAUGGUGUCCCACUGAAGGUCACACUGAUGCCACUGAAGGAUUUGCAUCUCAAAGCCAAGGUGAGGAUUGAAGAGAUCAAUCCUGGACUUGUUAGAAAGGCUGAAGAUAUCCUACAGGAUCUCCAUAAUGUGGAAAUAAGAUGCAAUGAUCUGCUGGAGGACAUAGUGGUGAGAACCUUUCCACAGAUACAAGAAAAGUUGAUCAGAUUCAAGAAGCUCUGCGAGUAUUACAGAUCUUCACUCCAGCAGACAAUGGCUGAGAGACUUCUCUCCAUCAGGGAAGGUAAAGAGGAUACGCAGAAAUUAGUGAAAGUGUUUGAUGACAGAGACAAGUCACCUUUCAGUCAGGAGAGAUUAAUCAAGUGGAUUGAAUAUCAAGAGAAAGAAAUCAACAACAUCAGCUGCAUUGUAAAAAUUCUGCAAGGAAUAAAGAUCAUCUCAGAUCAGUCCAAGCUUGACAGAGAGGUGUUUAAUACAGAAAAGGAAGUUCUCUGCUUUGCUUUCACCUCCCUGAAAUCCACUCACCCAUAUCUGCAGAACAUGUCUGACUACUUGGAUAAAAUGAAACUGGGCAGUGGUAACACUCCACCUGCCCAGGAUCAAUGGUAUUUCUCUGAUGGUGUAAGAGCCAAAAUGAUUAAAAAAGCAAAACUUCUGAAGGAUAGCAGCAGAUUUUAUCGCCUUGUAGCAGCCAUUGGAAAUGACAAAUACGAAGGAGCAAGUAUCUACCACUACAGGAACACUGACCUGGUCACUGAUGAUUUCUUGGGGCCUGCUAUCAAUGAGGUGGAAACUACCUCCACAGUUAAAGAGGACCAUCCCAUGUUUUCGCAUAAGAUGCAGUGA